UCGUUAGUCUCCUCUCUUCUCCUGCCUCUCGCUGACACCAGACAAAACUCUCGCUUCCUUUCUGUCCAGAGCUGCAUCUGGUUCCUCCUCCUCCUCCUCCUCCUGCUCCUGUGCCCUCUCUCUCUCCCUCUGUAAAUGAGCUCUUCAUUCUGAGCUCUUUCUUUCUCUCUCUCCGUCUUAUUUGGUAGUCGAUCUUUUGCUCAUAUCCAGCUUCUUGCUCUUUUCUGCUGAAACCCUAAUCAUAGCAGUAACCAUUGCUUCUUUGCGGCUUUCUUGAAGCAGUUAUGCGCGGCGAAGGGUGGACGAUCUUUGAUCGUUUUCGUAUUGAUCGUUCGUAAGCUAUCGGCUGGGGACGAAACGAGGGAGACGGAAGCAAUAGAUGCCAAAGCUUUGGUGAGGCGUAGACCCUGUAAGUGGUUUGAAUUUAGGUUUUCUUGGUGAUGGAGUGCGGCUCCGUUGCCGUGGCCGCUGUUUCUUGCUCUCCGUCCCCGCCUGAUGGGGCUGUUGUGGAGGUUCGACUGUCGGAGGAGUUUGAGGCAUCGGUGAGAGUCGGGGAUGCUGGCGAAGGUGACAGGACGGAGAGUGUUGGUAUUGCAGAGGGCGAGGGAGAGAGGCCCAAUGUGUGGAGGCGACAGGCGAUAGACGGGAGUCCCGCUGGGCCGGUAAUGGGUGCCGAGUCGUGGCCGCCCCUCGCAGUUAAUCAUCCGGAUGCAGCGCACAGUUGCGGAAGCAGCAGUGAGGCUGCACCUACGCCUCCUCCUCCUCCUCCUCCGCCGCCGCUUGGCCCGCCACGGCGCCCCGUGCAGGGACCAGUGCGCACACCAAGGUCAAAUGGUUAUAGUGGUGGAAAUCGUCCUCAUAGGCACUCACAUAUGCAUUAUAAACAAAGUUCAAAGCGUAAUUAUGCUGCAAAUGGUGUUGCUUCGUUCGUUCCUCCCAUGCAUUACCCUCCUCCUCACAUGCAAGCUGUUUAUCCGAUGCCUAUGAAUCCUCAACAUGCUCCUGUUCAAGACUAUCCUUUUCCUGCUGAACCUGCUCAGUUGAUCCCUUCAGAAGCUCAUUUUGUUAGGCCUGGAUAUGAUAUGGCUGUCAGACCUUUUAAUCGACCUCCAGCAGGAAUGGGUGUUGACACCUAUAGGAACUUCCAAGCACCAAUGCGGGGCGACCCAAAUGCAUACGCUGGACAUUUUGAGAAUAGAAGAAAUACAUCCCAGGAGUCUAUUGGUCGCUACAAUCAUCCAUGGCAUCAACAAAGGGCGUUCAUCCCUACUCCGAUGUUUCAUGCUGCACCAACACCUUAUCAACACACAAGUGUUCCAUAUUAUCCUCCUCCUCCUCCACCACCUCUUCCUAUCCCUUCUUUGGCAGUUCCUCCUCCUCCUCCUCCAGCUUCAGAUGUUGGCACCCAGUCAUCUGAUCAACAUGAUUUGAGGAGUCGGAUAGUCAAGCAGAUAGAAUAUUAUUUCAGCUCAGAGAACUUGUGUAAGGACAGGUUUAUGCGGAGUAAGAUUGACCAAGAAGGUUGGAUUCCUAUAAGCAUAAUUGCAGGCUUCAGACGGGUUCUAGCCAUGACGGAAGAUAUUGGGCUUGUUAUUGAUGCAUUAAAGGACUCAAAUGAAGUAGAAUUGCGGGAGAAUAUGAUGAGGAAAAGCAAAGACUGGGACAAGUUUCUUGGUCCCUUGCCCGAUGAUGCACCGUUACCAUCUUCACAUGCUGCACAAAGCCAUGUUACUAUAACAAAAUCUAGUGGUGUAGGAGAUGAAUCACAAGAGGCUGAAGAGCUGGCUGAACAUCAUGAAACAUCUGAUAGUGUGGAUAAUGGGACAUCAGCUAAAGCUGACGUAGUUGCAGAAACUCUUCAUGAAGUGCCUAACAAUGUUCAUAACCAGUUAAAAGAACUGCAUCAUGAAACUUCAGAAAAUGAAGAGGAGGGCAGAGGUAUGCUAUCACAACAUGCUUGUGAAAUUGAAAAUGCAUCUCCAAGCUCUUCCAUGAAAAAAAAAGAGAAAGACAUCUCUACUGAUGUACAAAAGGCAUCUGCGAUAAUGACUAACAAGAGUAAUGUGGAAGUAGGUAAUGGCAGUGUCCUGUCUAAUGUCAGUGAAUGUAGUAAAAUUCCAGGUUAUUACCCUGGUAGCAGAGGUUUUUGUGAAGCAUCUGUAUCUUCAUCUACCAGUUCCUUGGGUAGGUCGGAAGUGGUAGUAAAUGAUUCUCUUGUAGAUGGUCCGUCUAUGUAUAAAGGGGAUCAGAGCACCUUCCUUCUUGAUGAAGAGCUUGAAUUGGAGCCAACGAGCAGAAGGGAUCAUCUAUCGUCUGGUAGAAGGAAUGAGGAAGAUGAUGAUGAUAUGGAUGUUAAUGACCAUGAUGUGCAGCGACUUGUAAUUGUAACUCAGAGCUUCAAAACUGGGGAAGGCAACAAAAUUCAGGAAAGGGAAGCAAAGGCCAUUGCAAGUGAGCUUGUGACUACGAUCAAUGAUGGCCUUUAUUUCUAUGAGCAGGAAUUGCAUGCCAAACAGUCUGAGAGUGCACAAAAGUGUCUCUCUGGUUUUGAUGUGAAACAUGGGGAUGCUAAGUCUUGUGGUCUUACUCCUGGAUUUCUGUCAUCAAGGCCCAAUGCUGCCUCUGGUGGGACCACUACCAAUGAAGACAGGCAUUCUAAUGCUCGAAGGAGGACUAAUAAAGUCAAUAACAAGUCUCAUUCCCAACAAAGUCCGCGCUUGUUUCCUGGUAAUUUUAAAGUCCACAAUGUGGGUCGCAACGUGUAUGGUGUUGUGUCUGAAAGCCCACCGAGUAACUCAGUUGGCUUUUUCUUUGGAUCCACGCCACCUGAAAACUUUUGCCUGGCAUCAUCAAAGUUAAAUAAUGCUUACAGUAGCUCUCCAGUAAGCAGUGUAGUUUCUGGAAGCAGCCCACCUGUUGGUUCUGCACCAAAGUCUUUCCCUCCAUUUCAGCAUCCUAGUCACCAGCUUUUGGAAGCAAAUGGUUUCAAGCAGCAAAAGUAUUUGAAAUACUACAAGGGUUCUCUAAAUGAUCGUAAGAGAAUGGGGGUUGGUUGCAGUGAGGAAAUGAAUACCCUAUACCGAUUCUGGUCAUAUUUCCUCCGUGAUCAUUUUAAUCGCUCUAUGUAUAAUGAAUUCCGGAAAUUAGCACUGGAAGAUGCAGCUGCUAAUUAUAAUUAUGGAGUAGAGUGCCUUUUCAGGUUUUAUAGUUAUGGAUUGGAAAAGAAGUUUAGAGCAUGCCUGUAUGAAGAUUUUGAAAAACUAACUUUGGAGUUCUACCACAAGGGAAAUUUGUAUGGCCUUGAAAAGUAUUGGGCAUAUCAUUUCUAUAGAAAGGACAAAAGACCUCUGAAGCUGCAUCCCGAGCUGGAGAAGUUGCUCAAAGAAGAGUUUCGCUCCCUGGACGAUUUCAGAGCCAAGUCAAAAGCAACGAAAGAUUGUAAUUAUAGUGCUAAUGGUGCUUCCAAGGAUGAGACAGACAGCAGUGAGUCUCCAGCUUUAGCUGAAGCUGCUGCUGCUACCAGUUUGUUGAAGUUGGGAUAGUGAAGGAAGUUGAGGAGGAUGGGGGGGCUUAAUUUUGGACUGCUGUGAUGUUUUUAUCCAAUUCUUUUCUAUAAGUCCUCUGAUGAUGACGAUGAUUUGAGUUGAAUGGGUGGCUCUGAAAUUUUUUUUGCUUUGGAGUUCUUGGUUCACCUCGGCUUCAUUGUACAUAAGAAUAAUCAUGGAAUGAAUUAUCAAAAUUGAUUAAUAACAGAUUAAAAUUAAAUCUGUUUCAUUUU